ACUACACUUUAUUUGUGGCUUUGUGCCUAUAUCAAGAGUACUCUUGGUUGAGCCCCGCCCCGUUCAAAUCUGAGUCCCAUUGCUCAUUUUGCAUCUUCACUCCUCUCUCUCUAGCUCAAAUGGUCAGUCUUUGAAACUACAACUCAAGAGAAAAGGGUUCUCAAAAACGACUUAUAAGUUAUUCCACAUAUUAGCAUGGCGAACAAGUCUCCGGUAUUCCAAAUGCCUGAUGCCCAGCAUUUCAGCGAUUACGGCUUCCACCCACAUUUCGAUUAUUUCCAGGUGGUGGAAGAAGCAAGAAAGCAGAGGAAAGGAGCGUCAAGAGCAGGAAGAUCCAUAGAUGGGCUCCAUUUGAAGCUCCAAAAGCCCACCAUUUCGCAUGACCUAGACUCCUCCAAAAUCAUCAAGAAGAACAAACACAGCACCAAAAACAACAAGCGCUGGUGGAAACAUGCUCUUCACUUCUUUAGAGGCAAGUGGACCCCGCAAGUCCACCACAGCAGCAGCUCUCAGAAUGGUGGAGGAGUCCAGUGCAUUGGCUUCUCAGCGCCGCCGCCGGUUUACACCACGGAGAGUCGGAGUGGGUCCACCACUCCGUACCGGACAACCAGCCGGCCGGCGUCUUGUCCACGUUCUCCGGCCAUGAGGGAUGAAAUGGACAGUUUGCCCUAUAUUAGUCUUAGGGAUAUUAACGUUGAGCAGCACCACAGGGUCUCCGCCAGCUCUCCUAUGCCAAUUUAUUUGGUCACCUAGAUUACUAUGUUAAAAUCUGUAACAUCGUGUCUCCUUUUCUCUCGCUAACAAGAGGUCGAUGAUUUUAUCUCAAUUAAAAGAAUGAAGAUGUAGUAAAUUGUGACUUUUGAGCAUGCAUUCGUUUCUCUCCAUGUAAAAAGUUGCAUGCUUUGGAAGUGAACUUCUUUGUCACCUCUUAAAAUUGCAUUCAUGCUUAAAUUACUGACUUUGCACUACUUUUGAGCUUUGACU